CACGUUUUAGUGGCGCUCAUAAGAAACAAGCGCACAUUCAACAGGUUAUCCAAGACACAGCGGAUACUCUCCUGACACUUUUAUUCAGUGCGUCACUAAAGGGAAAAAAUACUAAAGCGGAAACUUGUUUUAACGGGUAACUCGUGAAGGUGGUCUCUGGAUGCAUGAUCUAGUUUUAUUUUUGUUUGACUUUUUUUACACUCUUUCUUUUUAGUUUGCGCGCUGGUUCUUUGGAAGAUUGUCUGUCUUGAUCGAAGUGUUUUUUUUUUGUUUUGUUUUUUUUUUGUUUGUUUUAAUCAUGGCUUUUAAAUGCACCGUUUUGGAUCACCUGCUGCUCUUUUCGACCAUAUGUCUUCUUGCCCAAGAAGUGUCAGGCUUUGUGUUGGAUGUACCACCUGAUGAAGUCAGUGACAGCACGGAAACAGACAGAGUAUCACAGCAUAUGUUCAGACUCUACGAGAAAUACAACAGAGAGCAGAACUGGCCAAAAAAUACAAAUACUGUGAGAAGUUUUAAAGCCAAGCCUGAAAGCUUGGAACAACGUGUUUUGUAUCACCUAAAUAUAACGUUGCUUCAAGAUUCUGAGACCGUUCUCACAUCCACACUUCAUUUCUCUUUUGACAAACGGCCACGUCAGAGGUCCUGGUUCUGCAAGCGCUUCCGCAGUCCUUCCUGUCAUAUCCAGAACCAUCACUACAUGCCAUCAUUUCAUCUUUUAUUCCGAGGUUAUUCCUCUGAUUCACCUUUGGGCUCAUUGCUUGGGAACAUCACUUUUUACCCAAACAGUAGAGGGAUAUGGCAAACAAAAGACAUGUCUCAAAUCAUAAAGGAAGCAAGACUCAGGGAGCAGGCUGUAAUAACUCUGGAGUUUGACUAUGGCAAAAAAUACCAGAGGUAUCAGGAGCACUUGUCAGCCUUCAGAAUGCCAUACGUUCUAGUGUAUGCCAAUGACCAAGCAAUUUCAGAGCCUAACAGUGUGGCCAUGAGCUUACAGAGGUAUGACCCAUUUCCCGCAGAUGACAAGACCACUCCAUCUUCAAACACUUCACCUGAUAUGCGGGUUAAAAGGGACUUGUAUUUUCCUGACCCCAUCCAGAACAAUGAGCUUCCUGAGGUGGAGUAUAACAGCUUCAAGGAGCAUGAUAAGUGGGAAAGCACUUAUCUAUCACUGAAGCCAAAGACUUCUAAAAAGGAGCAGAGGAAGAAAGACCAAGGGCAUGUUGAUGGACUGAACAAGUUACAGGUUCUCAGCUUUGAUGAGAAAACCAUGAAGAAAGCACGGAGGAGACAGUGGAGAGAGCCUCGUGUCUGUUCCAGGAGGUACCUGAAGGUGGAUUUUGCAGAUAUUGGCUGGAGUGAAUGGAUCUUGUCCCCUAAAUCCUUUGACGCCUACUACUGCACAGGAACGUGUGAAUUUCCCAUACAUAAGGUUGUUCGCCCAUCCAACCAUGCAACCAUUCAAAGUAUAGUGAAGACGGUUGGUAUCAUUCCAGGCAUCCCGGAGCCCUGCUGUGUACCUAAGAAAAUGAACCCUCUCAGCGUCCUCUUCCUGGACGAAGCCAAAAACAUUGUAUUAAAGAACUACCCCGACAUGUCAGUGGAGACAUGCUCCUGCCGAUAGGUUCAGUGUUCACUCGGUGGUCCUUGGAAUAACCGCAUAUAUGGAAACGUGUUCAUGUGUUGUGGUUACAACACCAAAACAAAAUGUGAAGAGACAUAUUGUCUGUAGUUGCCACAUACUGUACUGUACAGUACCCACUGCAAAUAUAUGAUGUUAAGGUCUUUACACACUCAUUCAAUCCUGAUUUACAGUUUUCGUUAUAAUGAGGAUCAUUAACGAUGAACAUUGUCUCUAAAAAAAUGUAAAUUAAUCAAGAUUUUGUUCAAUAGUUAUUGCAUUGCUGCUUUAUGUAUGAAAUAGAGUCAUUAUUUUUGAUGAUAAACAGUAAAAGAUUUUGUCAAAACAUUUUGUAGAGAUAUCCAGGUGGAAGCAGAGAUUAUUUAAAUUAUGCACCAGGUAGUCACUAUGCUUGGCAUUUAAGUUACUUUAAAUAGUGUAUAAACAUGUACUGCCUUCUGAACUGAGUUUCUGUUUUCACAAUAUGUAUCAUAUACCAUCAGCAGACACUCCACAGCUGGAGAUUCAGUUUUAAAACUAAUAAUGAGGCUUUGAAACCAGGCUUUGGUUUCAAGACUGUUAAGCGUUGAGCUAACAAUAAGCCACUCAUAUUUAAAAGUUUUCCUUGGAAUACUUCCAAGUGGUUGUGUGUCAGAAGUAGACUACUCACCAAGGUCACCAAUGUGUUAAAUCAUCCUCAGACAGCUUGUGUUACUUUUAGAGAUGUAAUCAAGAGUUCAGAGAUGCUAUAGGGGAUUACGAUUAUGAAUGGGAUGUAUUAUCUUCUUAUCCAUGUCUACAUAACAGUAUUUAAUAAUUGACCUAAUUGUGUAAUAUUUGGGGUGAAUGUGUUUGUAUACAAUAUUUACUGUAUAAGGUCAAUGUUUCAAUAUGAUAUGUGUUAGAAAAUGUAUUUUUGUACAUGUAUUUUUUUUUAAAUUAUGGACUGAAAUUAGUUAUAUGUAUAGUGAUUAUGUAGGAUUUAAAAAAUAUUCCAAACUACUUGUAAGAGUCUUGAUUUUGUGACAGCAUAUUGACGUUUUAAAAGCAGUUUCUACUGAAAGGUUUUUGUUGUAAAGAUCUCUGAAUAAUAUGUGAAAAGGGUGAACACUGAUUGGUCUCUGAAAGCAGCCUUCUCCACUUCAACAUCAAAGAAAAGGAUAGAUGAGUCUUCGCUUUGCCUAGUCGUCAGUUCAAUCCCACUUCAAGAGCCACCGGGCUUUGAGGGCAGGAUGUUAACGUUUUUCUCACAACAAAUGAUGUCACUCCUUUCAAACACACUCAAGACAUUGUCAUCCACAACAGAUCAGAAAUGCUAAUGAUUUAUAUGAACAUUAACCAGUUACUCAGGGCUAUAAAUAAAUUAAAAAAAAACCCU